GCCAUCGCGAAGUGGGGGGUUGAUGGGCCCUUCGAGAGCGUGCACAAGCUAAAUCUGAUCGUCACCAGGUGCAACAAGGACAAGAAGCUGAUCAAUUGGGUGCUCCAUGCGAUCAUCGACCUCUGCUUGAAGGGCACAGUUCAAUGUGGCGAGGUCACGUUCAAGAACCUCAAGGAUGGCAUCGGGGGGAACAAAGGUUUGAUAGACGUGCUGAUCAUGAAGAAACAGAUCCGAGACCACUUGAUUCAUGGCAAGUACUUGGCUGUGUACGGGACCCCCAAGCUUCAGUCCUAUGUCCAGGAAGUCUUUUCCAGCCACGCCGUCUACAGGACGAAGGUGGAGCCGCUGAACGAUGACAUGGAGGUCGACUUGAGCUGGAAGAUGUCUGCUAAGGACGUCGAGAAGAAAAUGUUCCAGUUGACAGGGGAUGUGGUGUUCUCUUCCGAGUACGACCCCCAGCUGCGCUACUGCUGCCGCAAGUCGAAGAGCAUCGAGGAGGUGAUGGAGCAUAAUGGGAUCAAGGAAGACAUCGACAAAGUCUGGGAGGCCCAGGUGAUCGCCCAAGAGUCGACGAAGCGAAAGGAUGAGGAGGAACUGGAUGCCUGUGGUACGGCGCCAGUCAGGAAGCGCCAGACAGUCGACCAGGAGGAGGAUGGUGUGAUGGUUACCCCCUCCCUGGAGGACCCUGCUGACAAGCAUGCCGUCGAGGCUUGGUAUUACAAGCACGCCAAGAAGAAGGUCUUAGACAACGUGAAGCUGGUCUGCGACUCAGGGAAAAGUGAGGCGGCCUUGCAGACAACCAUCUCCCAGACAGCGAUCGGCACCGAGGAGGGCGCCAUGACAGGGCAUGUCCUGAUCCACCCGGGCGUCACGCUGACGGGAGAACCCGUCACAGCACCACACAUCAGGACUGCUCCGUACCGCAAGGAACAGGUGUCUCGUCUGCGGACCGCCGUGAUCAACGCGAGGCGCAAGAGCAUCUCGGACUCCAAGCGCUUGAACCAGGGCGACGUGUACGUGUACCUCGACGGUGGGAAGAAAGGCACCGGGGACAGAGUCAACAAGGUCAUGGUCACCACGAAGGGUCGCUGGAAGGUCGCGUGCCAGUCCGAGGGCGUUGCGAAGAACACCACCAACUUGUUGUUCGAGGAGUCGAGUUUGAAAAACCGCCGAGCUCUGGUCCGUGGGGUGUCUGCGCUCAAGCAGCUUCAGACGAUGCACUUCUAUCACACCAGCGACGCCACCAUACCCGAGAAAAAACGAUCUGUGUAUCCUGGAUCCAACAACGGGAACGUCAUGGGCCCUGUCGCUUACGAGUCAUGGGAGUCCAGCUGGAAGAUGACGGUCGGAGAGAAGCUUAAGUUCUACGGCCCGAACCCCAGUGAAGUAGGGGGCAAGACUAUCGAUGGCGAGGAGAAGGCUAGCGACUGUGAGAGCGUCGAGGUUGACGAGACCGGCGGCGCCGAUCUGGACAGCGCCGAGAAGCCUGAGUUCGAUGUGCCGCUCGUCGGCGGGGGCAGGGGCAGUGGUCGCCAAAUGAAGCAGGCCGUGGAGCCAGUACGCUGGCACGCACUGCCGCGUGAAUUCUACAAGGAGAUCACGUCGAGCUACUACAUCAAGACUGUGAUCGACCUAACGCCCGGCAAUGGGAACUUUGCCCUCCACUGCAUCCAGAAUGGCAUCGGAUACUUGGGAGUCUGCUUCCAGAACGAGGAGCACAAGGCAAUGCUGACGGAGCACCUGAUCAAAGAGUACAUGAUCCUCAUGAAGACCGAGGGCAACAAGCACUACCACGCAAGCUACGCGAAGCACCUCGUUGGGGUGGCUACCAGCGGGCCUGGCGACGAGGAUGAGGCGGCCAAGAGAAAGGCAACUGCAGCGGCCAAGAAGGCGGCGGCUGCCGCCUAG